GCGGCCAAUGAGGGCGGCCGGAGGGGGCGGGGCGGCGGCCGCGGUUUUGUUCCGCCGGGGCCGGGGCGCGUCGCCCUAAGCGGGGCCUGGGCGGCCGGCCCUCCUCUCGCUCCGCCGGCCCGCGGCCGCGCUCAGGUACCGAGCCCGGGCGGAGCGCGCCGCCGCCGCCUCCUCUGCUGUGCGCGCCGCCCACGCCUCAGCGCGCCGCCGGCUGCGGGUGUUUCCCGCGGCACGCGGAGGGCGCGGGCCCUGCGCUCCGGGCUGGGCGCGUGGAUGACCCCCGGGCCCGAGCCCCCGCGGUCCGUGCCCCUGUCCGGGCGACUUCCCCGCACGAGGCGAGGCCCGGCCUGGUGGCGGCGCGCCGUGGUUCGGUGGCGCGAGAGUCGCAGCGGUAAACGGGGCCUUGGGGCGUCCCGAGAGGAGCCCGGACGCGGGAGGCCGGACUUGCCCGGAGACCCGAGGAGGGGACUCGGGCGGACUCCGAAGCCGCUUUUUCUGCGUGGCCUGGAGGGUAAAGUCGCCGGAAUUUCCGGUGCCCACCCCGCACUCGGCGCCCACGCGCCGCCGCCCCACUCUAGCGGGGAGCGUUCCUCCUCGGUCGGAGCGCGGUCGCGGAGCCCCGUUCCCACGCAGCCCGUGUUAGUGAGUUUCCCACGGCAUCCUCGGUGCCGCUUCUUGGCUGAGCUUCCGUAACUUUAAAGCACUUUCCGUGUUAAACUCAAACUGGACUCGCCCUUGACGCUCCUCUGCUGACCUCCCAGUGCUGAGAACUUCUUAAGAUGGAUGAGUUUGGCUUCCAGAAUGUGCUGUGGCCGGUGCCAGCGAGUGGGCUGUCUCCGUGGCUCGCUGCCCGCCAGCCGCAGCCCCGGCUCCUUGUUCCGUCUCUCCCCGUCGCUGCUACACUCGACUGGUCCCAGAAACAGAAAUGAAAAGAAUAUACAAAUCCUGAAGAGCCCGUGGGUGUGGACCGUUCAUCAGUAAAGUGGAGACGUGACCUUGAGAUCUGGCUCGGACCUUGCAGUGCCGGGGCCCUCUCAAGUCUGAUGUUCCAGGACUUCAGUGCCUGUUGGUGUGGACGGAGGACACAGGGCCCCAACCAUGGUCACACUCAUCACGGAGAAGCUGCAAAGCCAGAGCCUGGAUGACCUCACCUGCAAGGCCGAGGCUGGCCCGUCAAGCAGCAGCACGCGUCCCCAGUGGACUCCCUGUCCCUCCCCUCCUGUCCCCCCUGCCAAGGGAGCCUCUGUCUUGGAUUUCAUCACCAUGUUAGCUUCUUCGGGUUCGGACUUCCUGCCGGUGGGUUGAUUCUCCUGCAGCCGUGCUUUUAUUUUAGAUAUGGGGGUACAUGUGCAGAUUUGUCACUUGGCUUGUGAGCAUAGUCCCUAUAUUCUGCUGAAACCCUGAAAAAGAGUGGUCGUCUCUUUGCUUUGGAGCUCCGUGACCAGAGUCCCUGGAAGGUCUUAUGUGGAGGACGGCCUGUUGGGAGCCAGGCAGCCGCAGGCCCUGAUUUCUCCUUCCUGCUGGGCCUGUCUGCUGCGCACACCAUGGGUCUCCAGUGGCGGCCAGAGUCCCCGGGCCCAGGCGCGGGCCUGGGUGCAGCCAGCACCAUGGUCCCCAGUGAAGGCACAGGGCCGUCCACGGCGCCACCCACCAAGCGUCAUUGCCGGUCCCUGUCAGAACCUGAGGAGCUGGUGCGCUGCCGGUCCCCCUGGCGUCCCAGCGGCUCCAAGGUCUGGACUCCAGUCUCCAAGAGGCGGUGCAACAGUGGUGGGAGCGCCACGCUGCAGGGAAGCCCGGGUGCCGUUCUGCCGAGGAGUGCCCUGUGGUUGGCUGGCCCCACCUCACCUGCCACGCCCCGGCCGUCCUCGGCCAGCAGCGGCUUCGUGGACAGCAGUGAGGGCAGCGUAGGCUCAGGCCCACCCUGGUGUUCCACGGAGCCCUGCUUGCUCUCCGCGAGGCGCCGCCUGUCUCUCUCACAGGAGCAACUUGCAGGCGCGGGCACGCCCCUGCCCUCAGCCAGCAGCAGCCCGACGUCCACACCUGAGCUGGGCCGGCCCCGUGGGCUGCUCCGGUGCCGCUCACAGCCAUGUGUGCUCAGUGGGAAGAGGAGCCGGCGCAAACGGAGGCGCGAGGAGGACGCCAGGUGGAUGCGCCCAUCCUUGGACUUCCUGAAAAUGACACGGACUUUAAAAAAUUCAAAAAGCCUUUGCUCCCUCAAUUAUGAAGAUGACGACGAGGAUGACUCCCCAGUGAAGACGGCUCUGCCUGCCCCAAGUGACUCCUGGGGCCUCCCGGCCAUCGCCAUGCCUGGCUGCAGCCAGAUGGGCUGCAGGACCAGCCCCGGCCGGUGGGCCUCGAGGGAGUCUGUGGCCGGUGAUGGCUCCAGCAGGAGCAACGGGGACCCCAGUGACGGGGACAGCUCCGGGGAGGAGGGCGUCUUCCCCAGGGCCCGAGAGGAGCUGGACCUGGAGCAGAUCGAGAAGAACUGAGGCUGGCGGGAGCUGGCUGGGGCUGCGGGUGCCCCACCUGCUUUGGUGCACAGAGUAGGCCUCCCGCUGCUUUGAACACUGAGGCAUGAUUUUCAUUCCGCUUUCCCAAAGAAGCAUUUCGCAUUUUUAUGGCUUUUGCAGUUUGGGAGAGAGCUUCUCUAUUCGGGAUGCAUUUCAGAAGGGCGUUCUAUUAAACAGAUUAGCACGGGUCUGCAUUCCUCAUGAAAAGCCUGCCGUGCAGGGCGCCUUGCGUGCUUUAGUUGCUGGGAAACCCCAGGCCUGGUGGUGAGGGCCCCACUGGCCCUGUGCGUCCCUCUCUCCAGAGGGUCACUAUGCUUGGGACUUGCACCAGGACGUCUGUGCCCGUGCACCCUGUCACCCACACGCCAGCUGUGGCUGCCUGGCUUUCUACCAGUGGCAGUGAGGCCGUUUGGGGCAGGCCGAGCUGCCAUGAGUCCAUGGUUCCUGUGGCCUGGGAAGGCCCGGGCGCCUUUGGGUGGGGCGUGGUGCCUGGCCUUUGGGAAGGCCGUCCUGCUGGCCGCACCCGGCAGCACCCAGUCUGAAUUUAAUAAAAGGCGCUUGCUUCGCA